AUGUAUACAGAACUCUCGGGACUCUACACGCUGAGCGGAACGUCCGCAACCCUGGAACCGCCGUCUGCCGCGGUCCCAGCUGUGGCCCACCUUGCAGCCGGCCUCUCGAGCUACGGACCGCCGCCGCCACCUGCAGGAGGGGUGGAGGGUGAGGGCUGCGCCCGCGCCCUGGCGGCUCUCCACCGGCUCACGUGGACCGAGGCCAACCAGCUGGGCCAGGAGCUCUGCUGCCGAGUCGCCGCCGACUGUAUAGACUCCUGCUCUGCACCGAGGCUGAACGACGUGGAAUGGAACGAGACAGCGCUGCAAACGGAUCAUCUGAGGCGCUAUGUCCUCUCCCAGUCAGUGCACGCUGUUCGACGCAUCACAAGAGCCAUACACGCCAGGGGACAAUGUGAGAGCCACAAUCGGCCUACUUUUAUGCUGAGGGACUCGAACAAAACUGAACUCCAGGUCCUGCGGAAGGUCUACCUGGAACAGCUGUCCAGCUACUAUCGAGACUUCACACAGCUGUUCUCAGUCGGUGUGACGCAUCUCUCACGUCUGUUCAUUCCCCUCGCAUUCGAAUACAUGGGUAACCAUACGACUGACCGGAGACUCCAUGGAUGGAUUAAGGACAUGGAACGUGUGAGAGAUAUGAUGCACAUGAAAUUAAGCAGUUGGGUACACGACGUGCAAGCCGUCAGCGAACAGAUAGCACACUACGAGAUAGAAGAUGACAAGAAUAGGCCUGGAUUCGCAAAAGAUGAGUAUCACCGCGGCACGGGUUAUGAGUACCAGCUUGUAAGUGAAGAAGUUGUUCUGUACGUCCAAGCAGAACUGCCUGUAACUUCGAUACAUUACAUGGAAAUGAUUUGUAAGCCUUAG